UACGAGAAGCGUUUAUUUGCGUUCCAGUGUGGUUUGUCCAUCACUUCCUGCUUCCUGGUUUCCGGUCUGGCAACAUGGGCACAGGGGGUGGGGCGGGAAUGGUUGUGUCUAGUUCCUAGUGGGUUUAAGGACGGCGUACCUCUUGGAAUUUAACCUGCUAUCUGGUCGCUAGAAGUCACAGGCCCCGACAGACAGAAAACUAUUGCUCGGCUAAAUGCGUGUACUUUGAUCUUAAAAAGCAUUCCAGUGAGCUCUAGCCUUGUGCCGUGACUGCCGACUCUUAAAUCACCAUGCCUUCUCCUACCCACACCAGUUUUUGGACUGAAGCGUCUCAACAGGUCCUGGCAGGUGGAUCUGCAGGUCUGGUAGAAAUUUGCCUGAUGCACCCUCUGGAUGUGGUGAAAACUCGGUUUCAGAUUCAGAGGAGCAAGUCAGAUCCAACAAGUUAUAAGAGCUUGGGUGACUGCUUCAAGAAGAUUUAUCGUUCUGAAGGGCUGCUUGGAUUCUACAAAGGGAUACUGCCUCCUAUCCUAGCAGAGACACCCAAACGUGCUGUAAAGGUGUUUGCAAUUGCUGGUUUAGGAUCAGGACUUACCGAAGCCAUUGUGGUCAAUCCAUUUGAGGUAGUCAAGGUCGGACUUCAAGCUAACCGUAAUGCUUAUGCCCAGCAACCAUCCUCUUUUGCUCAAGCACGACACAUAAUAAAAACGCAAGGGAUUGGCCUUCGAGGAAUUAAUAAAGGACUGAGUGCCACACUAGGACGCCAUGGUGUGUUUAAUAUGGUCUACUUUGGGUUCUAUUUCAAUGUGAAAAAUGCAGUACCAGUAAAUAAGGACGCAACUCUGGAGUUCCUCAGAAAGUUCGUGAUUGGUUUGGCCUCUGGGACCCUGGCCUCCAUUAUUAACAUCCCGUUUGAUGUAGCCAAAAGUCGGAUUCAAGGGCCACAACCAGAACCUGGUGUUAUUAAGUAUCGCAGCUGCUGGAAGACUAUUAUUACAGUGUACAAGGAGGAAGGGUUCCUAGCUCUUUAUAAAGGUCUUCUUCCCAAGAUAAUGCGACUUGGGCCUGGAGGAGCAGUAAUGUUGUUGGUAUAUGAGUAUUCCUAUGCCUGGCUUCAGAAACACUGGUGACCAAAGAUGGAGUAACUGAAUUCUGUAUGUAAAAUGUUAUGCCCAGAGGCACAAGCAAAAACGUGAAUUUGAUAUAAGAAUGUUUUAAUAAUGUGAAUUAGUUCCAUUUAAUCUGCACAAUUAAUUAGACAACUAGAACAAUUCUGAUGUUUGAGAACUGCUGGAUUCAGCGCAAUGUCUUCUCUGGAGUUCCAGACAAUAUUCAUCCACUAAGAUGUAGACUUGGUGACAGCAAGAUCCUGCAACUCCUCCACACAGUAUUAGAAACUAUUAUUCUUCAGCAUCCAUCUAUGUAAAUAAUUCUGGUGCACGUUGUGCCUCCUUAUUUCACAUUUUAUGGCUGUAGUAUCAGAGCAGUCAGAGGUUGGAUAGCUGCCUUUUCUUUUGAAACCAACACCGAAGUAUACAUGAUGUAGAAACAUUUUCGUAAUAAAAAAUGACAAUACUCGCAAA